AUGUUAACAGGUGUUGAGAGUGUAAAAGAAGGCAUAAAUUUGUGCAAUGAGGUAACAUCUAUUUUAAAAUCCGCAGGUUUUGAUCUUCAAAAGUGGGCUUCUAAUAGUCAAGAGAUCUUAGAUCAUGGGAAGACAAGCUCAUCUACAUCUACAGUGUUAUUUGGUGAAAGAGGUCAAACAAAAACUCUUGGAUUGUAUUGGUCAUGUGAACAAGAUUUUUUAAUGUAUCAAAUUGAUGUCAGUGAUGUAUCAAAACAUGUAACCAAGAGAACAGUACUUUCUGUGAUUGCAAAACUGUAUGAUCCUCUUGGACUUGUUAGUCCAUGUCUUAUAAUCGCAAAAAUUAUAAUGCAGAGAUUGUGGUUGCCUUUGGAGUUGGCCUCUAAGUGGAACAAAUUUAAAUCUGAGUUAUUAGUAUUAAAUGAAUUGAAGGUUCCCAGGCAUAUAUUGGGUACCUAUUGUAUUGAGAUUCAAAUCCAUGGCUUCUCAGAUGCUAGUACUGAAGGCUAUGGGGCUUGUGUUUUUGUAAGAAGUGUAGAUCAUUGUGGUACGAUAAGUGUACAUUUAGUUUGUGGUAAGAGUAAGGUGGCACCACUCAAGGUUGUUACAAUUCCAAGAUUGGAACUUUGUGCCGCACUCCUUCUAGCGAAGUUAGUGGAAAAGGUGCGUUCCACUCUUACAGUCACUGUCAACUCAUGUUUUCUGUGGAGAGACUCAACUGUAGCUCUAAGUUGGAUUCAUACUCCUCCUAACACAUUACAAACCUUUGUUGGCAACAGAGUGACUCAAAUCCAGGCACUUACUUCAUCAUCUGACUGGCGUCAUAUCCGUAGUGCGAGCAAUCCAGCAGACCUAUUGUCCAGAGGUGUUUAUCCUAGUCAAAUGCAGAGUUCAGAUCUAUGGUGGAAUGGUCCGCCAUGGCUCUCUUUCCCUCAGUGUUCGUGGCCCAAAUCUGAUUUUCAACCUCAAAUUAAUUUACCAGAUUUGAAAAAACAAAUUAGUGUCUUUAAGGUCGAGUUUGGGGCCCCUUUUUCCAUUUGCAAGAUUUUUGCGGUUGUCUAA